CUUUCUGGGGCCUGGGGGAUCCUCUUGCAUUGGUGGGUGGAGAGAAGUGCCUACAGCCAACCAGGGUCAGGCUGCGCUCACAGUUUCCUCCGGCGGGCGGCAUGUAAAGGCUCCACAAAGGAGUUGGGAGUUCAAAUGAGGCUGCAGCAGACGGCCUGAGCUGCGGACGGACCGAGCCCUGAGCUGUACUGCCCGAGCCCAGACCUGCAGAGCAUGGCCCCGAGGCAGCUGCCGGCUCCCAUCCCAAGAGGAGGCAGGUUGUGAGCAGCCCCGCAGGACUGCCGGCCAGCCCCCACCCCAGGCCGGCGGAGCUCUGCUGUGCAGGAGGAACAGAACCGGCAGAGGCCAGUGAGGCAGGGCUGCUGGGUAGCCAGGCAAGCCUGUGACUCAAGGACCCCUCCUGGAGGCCAUGGACAGGCUACUUUGCUGACGGCCAAAGGGAAGCAUGUGAGGAGCUGCCCCAGAAGCCAAGCAGGAGGGAAGAGGUUGUUACAGGCUCUGUUUGCAAAGGAGAACCACCAUUUUUGCAAGGACCAUGAGGCCACUGUGUGUGACAUGCUGGUGGCUGGGACUGCUGGCUACCUUGGGAGCUGCUGCCGGCCAGAAGGAUGGUUUGGAGGGCACUGAGGAGGGCUCGCCAAGCGAGUUCAUUUACCUGAAUAGAUACAAGCGGGCUGGCGAGUCCCCAGACAAGUGCACCUACACCUUCAUCGUGCCCCAGCAACGGGUCACAGGUGCCAUCUGCGUCAACUCCAAGGAGCCCGAGGUGCUCCUGGAGAACCGUGUGCACAAGCAGGAGCUGGAGCUGCUCAACAACGAGCUGCUCAAGCAGAAGCGGCAGAUCGAGACGCUGCAGCAGCUGGUGGAGGUAGACGGUGGCAUUGUGAGCGAGGUGAAGCUGCUGCGCAAGGAGAGCCGCAACAUGAACUCGCGGGUCACGCAGCUCUACAUGCAGCUGCUACACGAGAUCAUCCGCAAGCGGGACAACGCACUGGAGCUCUCCCAGCUGGAGAACCGGAUCCUCAACCAGACGGCCGACAUGCUGCAGCUGGCGAGCAAGUACAAGGACCUGGAGCACAAGUACCAGCACCUGGCCACGCUGGCCCACAACCAGUCGGAGAUCAUCGCACAGCUGGAGGAGCACUGCCAGCGGGUGCCUGCAGCCAGACCCAUGCCCCAGCCCCCCCCCGCCACCCCACCCCAGGUCUACCAGCCGUCCCCCUACAACCGCAUCAUCAAUCAGUUCUCCACCAAUGAGAUCCAGAGUGACCAGAACCUGAAGGUGCUGCCGCCCCCUCUGCCCACCAUGCCCACCCUCACCAACCUCCCGUCCUCCACAGACAAGCCAUCAGGCCCGUGGAGAGACUGCCUGCAGGCCCUGGAGGACGGCCAUGAUACCAGCUCUAUCUACCUGGUGAAGCCAGAGAACACCAACCGGCUCAUGCAGGUGUGGUGUGACCAGCGACAUGACCCCGGGGGCUGGACUGUCAUCCAGAGGCGCCUCGAUGGCUCUGUCAACUUCUUUAGGAACUGGGAGACAUACAAGCAAGGGUUUGGGAACAUUGACGGCGAGUACUGGCUGGGCCUGGAGAACAUUUACUGGCUGACGAACCAAGGCAACUACAAACUGCUGGUGACCAUGGAGGACUGGUCUGGCCGCAAGGUCUUUGCAGAAUAUGCCAGCUUCCGCCUGGAGCCUGAGAGCGAGUAUUACAAGCUACGGCUGGGGCGCUACCAUGGCAACGCUGGUGACUCCUUUACUUGGCACAAUGGCAAGCAGUUCACCACCCUGGACAGGGACCACGAUGUCUACACAGGAAACUGUGCCCACUACCAGAAGGGAGGCUGGUGGUAUAACGCCUGCGCCCACUCCAACCUCAAUGGGGUCUGGUACCGCGGAGGCCACUACCGGAGCCGCUACCAGGAUGGCGUCUACUGGGCUGAGUUCCGAGGAGGCUCCUACUCACUCAAGAAAGUGGUGAUGAUGAUCCGGCCCAAUCCCAACACCUUCCACUAAGCCAGCCCCCCUCCUGACCUCUGGUGGCCUUCGCCAGGAGCCUGCCCUGACACGCUGGCCCCAGAGCAAAAAGCGACUCCGUGACACUCCAGGGGCUGGGGGGGUUGGGGGGGGCUUGGAGGACCAGGAGGCCCAGGAGGCCCAGGUGCUGGAUUCUGUUUUCCCAAGUCACUGAGGCAAAUAAUGGAACUGGAUGGGACAGUGUUCUCUGUUCCCAUAGUGGUCCUCACACAAGACAGCCCCUCGGGUUUCCAGACAGGACUGCAGACCAGUCCUUCUUUAAGUUAAUUAAGUCCCUACGAUAAAAACACAACUUCAAAAUACCUUCAUAAUAUACACGUGUAUGAGCCAACCUUGCACACUUAUGUGUAUACUACAUAUAUAUGCAUUUAGAUAUAUGGCACACAUAAUAUAUCUAGAUACAUAUAUAGGUUUGCCUUCUAUACCUAAACACACGUAUAUCCGAGCUCUUACAAACAGCACUGCCCUCAGGAGAACAGCAUUUCAUCAGGUCGUGCGACUUGAGGCUCAGAGCGGGUCACAGACUGCAGAGCUCUGUCCUUCCGAGAUCGACCCUUGGCGUCCACGUGCUGAAUUCCUCCAGGAAGGCCACUCUCUCUCACACACGGGUUUCCAGCUUCCUCACUUAAGGACCCCUUUGGGCACCUGGUCAGAUUUCAAAAUCCCCCUCCAUCUCCAUCUCUAUACUCCCCCCAUUCUCAGGACUCUCACUGUCCCCCCUGCCCGUCCACCCAUCGCUUACUCAUCUGGUCAACACCGCCCCCUAAGUGCCUUGUGAGUUUGAGUCCCUGGCCGCCCACUCUACUUCCAGGGACCUUUCUGCUCGUCUCUCCUCCAUUCCUGCCUUCUCCCUGCUUUUGUGGUCGCACGGUCCUUUCACGAUUCCUUAGCCUCUCAGUGGGAGGACAGUCUGGGCUCCAGCCUCCUGGCCAGGAAAGGCCAGGCCAGGCCCAAAGCUAACCACCAGCUGCACAGAUAAUGUUAUUUGCAGUUUUGUAUUUCCCAUUCACACAUUAGCCUACACGUCAUUUUAACCUUCACAGAAAUAAUAACCUACCUUGCCCAGAGACAUUCAAUCGAAGAGAAGCCAUCAUCUGACCACUGGGACCCCCGGCUGGCUACAGACCAAAGGUCCUGUGCUCUCAGGCCAACUAGAGUCCACAUCUCAUCCCCAAACGACACUUCCCCGGAGGAUGCAGGUGCCACAAAAAUGAGAGCUGGGCACUUCUCGUGAGUUACUGAAUAACCGGGGCCACCGGCCCCUCGUCUGUUGCGUUACAGCAAGGUAGCCUUCCAAGCCCUGCUGGCUAUGAAAUGUCAGACUCGGCACUGCCGGAGCGGUCAUCAAGCAGGGAGCCGAGAUGAGUCCAGGGAUCACCUCCUGGGGGGGCGAGUGGGUCGGGGUGUGUGAGAUGUUGGAAUGUCUGGAACUGUCUGUGUCAGGUGUGUGCCUAUUACCUCAGCAUUCUCACAAAGUGUACCAUGUAGCGUGUUUUGUGUAUAUAAAAGGGAGGGUUCAUUUUUAAUAUAUUCCCGAUUAUCCUUGUAAUGGCACAAAUCUGCAAUAAAAGCCAUCAGUGGUAUUUGGAAGUA